AUGCCCGGUGCUUUCCACUGCCUCCGCCCCUCCCUCAAGCGCAAGCGCAAACCCAAGCGCCGCGGCAGCAACCACCCCAAGAAGACCAGCGAAUCGACGAACCUCGCCGCCGACGAUGCCGCCGGAGGCGGAGACGCCUCCUUCGACCUGAAGAGCUCCGCCUCCGCUUCCACCGCUUCUGGCGGCGGUAGAGGAGGAGGUUGCCUCGUCCAGCCGCUCGGGAACCUCCUCCUCGCUGCCGCCCGCCGCGCCAACCUCAGGGACUCUGGUCUCGGCGCGCUUCGCCCGCUCCCUGAUGACCUCAUCCUCGAUGUCCUCGGCCUUCUGCCCGCCCGAGACCUCGGCGCGCUCUCCGCGGCCUCCAAGGCCUUCUAUGUCAUCUCCUCCCACGACCCGCUCUGGCGGGCCAUCGUCCUCGCCGACCUCGGCGGGAACUUCGCCUUUGCCGGCUCCUGGCGCGCCACCUACAUCGCUGCCGCCUCCGGCCGCGCUCAUUGCCCCCCGCGCGCCCUUGAGAUCAAAGGCUUCUACUCGGACUACCUCUUCCAGAGCUGGCUAUGCGCCAACAUGGAGAUGCGGACGGAGUGGCUCGACCGGGACACCAUUGACCGCCGCCGCGGCUUAUCUGUGGACAAAUUCAUAGCGGAAUACGAGGAGCCCAAUUGGCCGGUGCUGCUUGAGGGAUGCCUUGAUACAUGGCCAGCGUUGCAAAAAUGGACGAGGGAAUAUUUGCUGCAAGUCUCAGCUGGCAAGGAGUUUGCGGUCGGUCCAGUGAGCAUGCCACUCGAUAGGUACUUCCUCUAUGCUGACAAUGUGCAGGAGGAGAGGCCAUUGUACCUAUUUGAUGCCAAGUUUGCUGAGAAGGUUCCAGAGAUGGGGAGUGACUACGAAGUGCCGGUGUACUUCCAGGAGGACCUAUUCAAGGUGCUCGGGGAGGAGAGGCCGGAUCACCGGUGGAUUAUCAUUGGUCCAGCGGGAUCAGGGUCAUCGUUCCAUGUAGAUCCUAACUCGACAUCGGCGUGGAAUGCUGUGAUCAAGGGGGCUAAAAAGUGGGUCAUGUUCCCACCGGAGGUGCCGCCACCAGGUGUCCACCCAAGUGCCGAUGGGGCAGAGGUCACUAGCCCCGUGUCUAUCAUGGAGUGGUUCAUGAACUUCUACGGAGCGUGUAGAACCUGGGAGAAGAGGCCGAUUGAGUGUGUAUGUCGGGCCGGAGACAUUGUAUUUGUGCCUAAUGGAUGGUGGCACUUGGUUAUCAAUCUCGAAGAGUCCAUUGCCAUCACUCAGAACUAUGUGAGCAGGAGGAACCUGUUGAAUGUUCUUGACUUUCUCAAGAGGCCCAAUGCAAGUGAACUGGUGUCAGGAACCAAGGACAGGGUUAACCUGCACGACAAGUUCCGGAACGCAAUAGAUGCAGCUUACCCUGGGACGAUUAGUCAGCUUGAAGUUGAAGCUCAGAAGAAGGCUGCUGCUCGGAAGAAGAAAACUGCAUUCUGGGAUUCUGCUGUGGACGCCAACACUGGAGGAUUCAAGUUCUCUUUCUGAUUUUCUUGCAGCAGCUAGGUCUGUGUAGUGUUGGCUGAACAUUUUGUCUCAUUCUGUUUACAUGAGCAGUCACAUUCGAUUUUGCUUUAAGAAUUUGGGUCCAUGGGCCUUUCAGCAUGGAGUGAAGCAUAUUCUUUCGCUUGUAUAAGGCUAUGAUGAUCUGUCAUGUUUGCAGCAUCAAAAUUUUGGAAGAGUUCAGUUUCGGGUAACAUUGGUCCCAUCGUUGUUGUAAGGUUGUACCACCAUGUACUGUAAUUUACAUCAUAUAAAUUGAU